AUGAUCACAGGCUUACCUUUGCUUAAAUCCAUCCAAAUAGGAGGCAUCGCCCUUGAUUCCGACCAAAUUAAUCUGCACCUUUGGAUUUAUCAUAAUCGUCUAGAGCCGAUUGAACCCAAUACUAACCCAAUGGCCAUCGCCAUUCCAUACAAAGUACUAUAUCUUCUUUACACCCACUGCGAAAAGAUUGAACAACUCAUCCCAAACCACAAGAAGUUCAAGAAUACACCCAUUGAGAGAAUCGUAGCAAAGCUUGUCAAAGACAAGUGCCAUGGCGAUAAACUGGAUUGCUCGAUUUGCCACAAUGAGAUUUUCGCGUAUUCCAUGCUGAUGACAGAUACCGCCACAGAACAAAAUAACAGGGCUAUUAGCCUAUUAAAAGCUGUAUCUGCUGCCGAGGUUAGUAUCGUUGCUGUAUGGUUUUUUGAAUGUGGACAUUGUGCCUGCAUUAAAUGCAUGUACAUGCUUGUGAGAAAUUCAGAAUUCAAUGAUCAAAUCGAGCAGUGCCCCUAUUGCAAACAGUCAGUUAGUCUUAGGUGCUAUAAUCAACUGGUAUACAUUUCUUCGAUCAUAGCUAACUCUUCUGACGGCUAUGCCUGCAACACCACUACUAAUACCCAUUUGUCGUCGGCCACAACCAGGAAAGACGACCAGUACCUCUUCUAUUUGCCCUAUGAAAACCCAGCCAACUUAAUUCGUGACCUUAAUACAACCCCCAGCAAUAACUUCCGUUCUGUGAUUAAACUCACUUAA